AUGGAUACGAAGCCUCUUGUUAGGCGCGACUUUAACAGUCUCCCGCUUGAAACACUGCAGCAGAUAGCGGAGUACCUGGACAAAUCGUAUCGGCCAAGUCUUUAUGCGUUUGGGCUAGCAAGCAGAACUUGCCAUGACGCUACAAUUCCCUCAAUCUUCCGUCAUGUUCAUCUCUCAAUCAGUAGUCCGGAGGCAUUGAAACGCGACAUUGAUGCUCUCGUCAAGACCCUUUCCCUAGUGGACUCCUCGCGCCACGUGCAAUCACUCAGUAUUAAAGGCACUCUAUCUUUCAACUCGCCCAGCCAACGCAAUGUCGAGGGGUAUAAAUCCAGCUCAUCGGGUCGCGAUAGCUCCUUUAUGAGCACAGGCAUGAAUGAGAUUUUGGUGGGCGAAGAACCGUGUGGUAGCGCGAUACAUAUUGUGUACGAUGAGUCCGUUAUUGAAAAGGAUUCAGAAGAGGACAUAGCGUGGAAGCCACUUGCUAGUGCGAUUAAGACAAUGCCAUGUCUUGCUAAAUUGGAAUACAACUGCUCCAAUCAAUUCCCGCCCAGCCUCCUGGAAGCCCUCCACGACUACAACAGUUACCCCCAAUGCAAGCUAUAUCACAAUACGUUCCGGUUACGCACUCUACUCUGGGAUACUCCGUGUCCUUAUGAGCUGGCUUUGGCCCAGUCUCCUUGUUUGUAUAGUGUGAAGGUUGAAUGCUGCCAUAGAGACUCGCAAGGAAAUAUCGACUUUAAUCAGGAGGCGAUUAUGGAGCUAGUCACAGGCUUAGCUCCCAAUCUGAAGGAAGUUGUGGUAGUGAACCUUCGGCCAGAGUCUUCAUGGAAAUAUCAUCACCGUCCUUGGGAGUCAUGGCAAGGUCUUCCAGGGUUUGUCCCUGGUCAAUCUGUUGGCUCCUUAACUUUGCUGUCUCUGCUUGGGGAGAUAAAGCGCAAUCCCAGGGGACCGUGUGGGUUUCUCCAGACCUGGGCCAAACAGACGGAUUUCAGCUGCUUACAGCGACUGACUCUCGGUGGAGGCUUUGGGUGCGAAAGUGUGGGAAUAAAUGACGAGAUGAUGAAGUGGGUUGCCGAGAACUGCUUAUUUCCUCGAUUGAAAUCACUUCGUGUUCGUUUAGACCGCGACGGCAACAACAGACCCAAUUACAGCGAAAAUGCCAUUGCUUUUUUUGAGAGCUUCCAGUGUCUCGACGAGCUAUCGGUUUCCGGUCCUAUCGAUCCCAGGAUACUAGAAAGUAUCCUGUUCCAACACGGGCAGACUCUGACGAAGCUAAGUAUACGUCCCAUCGAGGACGAGUCCAAGGCACCCAAUGGUCGCUUGCGAGGGCAUAUACCUAUGACCUGCACAACAGAACAGAUCAUACAAAUCCACAUCCAAUGCCCAUUGUUGCAAGAGCUCGCUCUUCCCGUUAAACGUACACAAUCGGAUGCGAUUGAGGCUGAAAAAUACAAGACUUUUCGGAAAAUGGAACGUUUGAGCUCGCUAUUUCUUAUUUUGGACUGUUCCGAGUGGCGGGUGACUCGUGAUCCUGCUUCUCUAGACGAAAGUACCUUCAACGAAUUCGAUCAAGAAACUUUUGAAGACUGGGUAUUCCUUAAGAAUGGACACAUACGACAAACGCUUUUGAAUUGCGCAGUAGAUGAGACGCUAGCUAGAUCUAUAUGGGAGACUAUUUGCAGGAAUAAGAUUGGGUGUAAGCUGCAAAAUCUCAAAAUAUGGACCACUGGUUGUUGUCGUUGGGGCGAUAACACCUAUAUCCAUUACAUAAAGAAUGUUGUCGACAACCUCAGUCGUUCCUGGUUAUUUGAGCGGAUUGCUCGAGAUGAAGGGGAUAUUAUCAAUGUCAAAGAACUAGGUCGGAGGAUAAGAGAGGCUCACGAUCAAUACGAAACCUCCAGGUGGCACAGGAGGAUAGAUGCCAUGCUCGUCGAAAAUAAUGUUGUGGUGGAGCUUAUUGAUGAGCAAGAAUCACCUAAAGAGGUUUUUCAAGUAUUUCGCAGUAUCUGGCCAGAUAGGAAGGGCAAGGAUUGGCGUGAAGAUUGGUCAAGCCUGCCUCUACAAGUCUAA